UGGCAAGAGGAGACACGAUUUUUGAAAGCAAAGUAGUGCUUUUCCCGACUGCGGUUCCGUGAUGAAGAUGAUUGCGCUUUUUCACAGGUCUCCACUGAUAGUUAUUCUUACAUCCCACUGAUAAUCAUACUAGCACAAAAUUGUCGGUAAGGAAAACAAGACAAUAGUACCAGCAAGCUAGAACUACAUUGACUGUUUCACUUCGCUAUCCGUUUUUCAACUAGUCGAUCGUAGCCAUUACACUAAGAGUUUUGAGAAAGGAUUUUUGUACGCACUUCUUCUCAGUAUAUCAAUGCGACGGGGUUUUUCACGUUAUCUUUGAAAAGUUUUUCGUAUAUUUCUUUGAGUGGUUAUUUGUAUGAAUUUCAUUCGAAUUUCGAGUUCAAUCUCAACUGAAUCUUAUAUAUUAUUUUUUCUUCUGCUGUUCAUCAUCAUGACGUUUACGGUCUAUGUUGGGGUCGGGGGAGCGGCCCACGAGCUGUCGAUCAACCAGGUAAAGGAGUUCUUUGAUCACCCCGAUGCGGCAUUGGCUGGCAAGCCAGUGACUGAGCCAGGAGAGGAAGAGAAAAAGGAAAGCAGCUCGGACAGCGGCGGUGCUGGCCUCGUCGCUGCUUGCAACACCAUGCUCUUCGACGUGAUGGCGAAGGUGUGUCCGCACGCGUACGGCUUUGCUGGGGUCGAGCUGGACAAAGAGACGGGUCUGCCGAAAAGCCGGAAGGAGCGGGUGGCGAUAGGGAUCUUCAUGGACUGGGUCAAGUUCGAGACGGAGGGGGAGAUCGUGACCGGGUCGGAGGUGGGUGGAAUGCUGCAGGAGUUCUUAAUAUCCAACGCGGAUGAUGUUGCCACUACGCAUGGGGAUAAGGCGGAAGCAUCGGGGGGAAAGGAGAUUAUCAAAAGCAAUGAAAGCGACAACUCUGGAGGCGACAGUGAAGUAGAUGAGCCGGCGAAAAAAAAGCAGAAGAGCCGGGAGUUCGCAGUGCGGAUCAUUUUCGACCUACCCGAGGACGCAUAUUUCCGGGCGCACGUGGUGGCGGGUCGGCCGUGGGACCCGGCACCCGUGCGCCUGGCGUGGUGGGUUAUUUUUGUGCAAUUUCCCUCACAGCCGAACAGCUACGCCACUGCAAACGUCGGGCAGCGCCGUCAUUUUGUGAAAGCCUUCCAACAGUUCCAGUCCGAGGCUUUGGAAAAGAUGGAGGAAGAGUGCGCGGGCAGCCACGCGCCCCGCUUCACAACGGCGGCCCUGAAGGGGUCAGCGCUGCGGAAGGAGCUCCUGGAGAUGGUUUUUGUCUUGGCAGGCAGACACGAGAUUCCGGCCCUUCUGGGUGUCGUGCUCAAGACGGGGAGAGACAGCAUCCUGGGAGUAACAAGACUGGCGGAUCUACUGCGGGAGGUCCUCGAGUUACUUUGGAAAGCCGGCUUCAGUGAGGCGGUCGGUUCAUUGUCAGACGAAGAAGUUAAGAAGCGGAAGGAGUUUGCCGUGCGUGUGGUGAAGAAAUGCUUGCGCGGGAAGCAGCCACCGACACUAUGCGCCUUCCAGGACGUGUUCUUCAAUGCGGAACUUUUGGUGUCGGUCCGCAAGAAGUUCUACACUGAAACUGAGCAACCUGGCGAUGCUUUCGUUGCGAUUUUGUUUCGCGGAAUCCUUUUCUUCGGACGCGUGCUGCUGGAACUAGAAGAGGCCACAGCGAUGCCCUUUACUAACAAAGCGAAGGGGGAAGUGCUCACAGGUGCAAUGGUGCUUUGGAGCUGGAGCAUGGCCGUAGGUAUGACGAACGUCGGGGACCAUCUAGAAAAAAUGGACGGCAUGAAACCAGCGCUCCACGUGUUGAUGAAGAAGCUACUGGAUUCUGGCGCCUCUGCCGAUGAGUCCUGCCCAGAAGGCAUCACCGCGGCGAUCCGCAGCUGGCAUGAGAAUCAUCCCCAGGUGGAUGACGAGUAUCAGGAAGAAGAGGAACAGGCGUACUUCAUUUUGGACCAGGCCUGUGAUUAUCCGCUCGCGCUAGCUGUUGUCUUGGGACGCAGGAGUUGGUGCACAUGGCUGUCAGACGCCGGCUUUAGCUGUGUGGCCAUGUUAGACGAAGACCUUAGACUGCUCAAGAAGCAUGGGGAUGGUGACUUGUUCCAAGAUUUUGUGCAAGCGCACCUGCCCGACAAGAUUUAUUUGACCGAUGAGGAGGAAGAGGACUCCGAAGACCUGGAAGAAUCCUCCGAAGACCUGGAUGAGCCCUCCGAAGACCUGGAAGAAUCCGCCGAAGACCUGGAAGACGAGGUUUCCGAAGACCCGGAAGAGGACGCCGAUGCGGACGAAGAAGCAGCGGGAGAUCUGGGAGAAGAAAACAAGCUUCAAUGAGUGAAUCAGAAUCACAUGGCUUCUUCAUUUAAUUUUAAAUGGUUUGGUUCCAGAAUUAGACUCGAAGUGAAGCCCACUGUUGAAUUUACGAAAAGACCCACGCCAGCGCC